GGUCGUCUAAUUUCAGACGCUGUAACUCUGACACAGUUAAGCUUUGAAACACAUAGAUAACAUCCUAUAGUUUAUUCUUGAUAUAUUAUAAUACAGUUAUAAUACAGCAGUGCAGAUAAUAUCUCAUCAUCAGAUGUUGGUAUAAAGCCAGGAAUCACUGUUUACAGUAAUAUCAAUGAAUUAUUUUAAAAUAGAUUAAGUCGUCAGCGCGGGGUCUUCUGACAGCAUUAUACAAAUACACAAACAAACACACACACACAUGCUGUGUCGAGCUGUUCCUCAACACACAGUGAACCCUGGAUAGGUGUCUUCAGAAAUGCCCCGGAGCAGCAGUUAUUUGGGCUGUGCUGAGGGUAAAUAUCAGACCCCUCCUGCCUCUGAGCUCCAGAGAUUACUGUGGCUUAAACCAGGAACCAGCAGUCGCAUGGAUGAGGUCAGGCCUGGAAUCUACAUUGGAGACAUGUAUGCGGCGAAGGACAAACAUAUGCUACAAGCUCUUCAAAUCACACACGUGCUGAAUGCAGCUCACGGGAAGUUCAAUGUAGAUACAGGGGUCAGUUACUACAGAGACACAAAUAUCAAAUAUCACGGGGUGGAGGCGUUCGAUAUGCCUUCCUUUGACAUCAGCCCUUUCUUCUACUCUGCUGCAAAGUUUAUUAAGAGUGCCAUGAGCACCCCUGGAGGUAAGGUGCUUGUACACUGCGCGAUGGGUUUGAGUCGCUCAUCGACGCUGGUAUUAGCGUAUCUGAUGAUUUAUGAAGACAUGACGCUGGUGGAAGCCAUCAAAGCAGUGACUGAACACAGAAACAUCUGUCCAAACUCUGGAUUCAUGGAGCAACUGAGAGUACUGGACCAAAAACUCAUCAGUUAACACUUUAACAUCACCAGUUAAACAGACGUUACUUAGAUGUCAUAACAAAAAAUAGGCUAAAAUAACCUUAAACGCAUAUCAUAUACAGCAACAUUUCGCAGGGGCCCACAGCGGGGCCGCAACACAUGAUCUCAGGUUACUCAACUGUUUUGUCCUAUUUUCUUACCAUUGUCACUUCGGUUUAUGGUUAGAUUUACAUAAAAUGACAUCCUUACCCAAUCCCAACUCUAACCCCAACGCCAGGCAACAAUUGUUUAAAGUUUAGAAAAUAUAAAAGAAUAAAGCAGAAAAAAAUUGUAUAAACCAAUACUUAAAGUGACAUACUAACCCAAACACCAAAUCUAACCCUAAACCGAAGCGACAAUGGUUUAAAAAUAGGAAAAAGCAGUUGAGUAUCCAUAUUGUGAGAAUGCCACGGAAAAAUGCGGAGAUCCGUGAGAAUGCCACGGAAAAAUUUGCAAAAAAUUCCGUGACUAUCCCACGGAACUUUGUGGGAUCAGGUUGUUCCAAGGAGGCCUGUCCAGGACUUAAAAUGAUUAAAAAUAAGAAAAAACAAGCAUUAAUAAACUAACACAACCAAAAACCAAUGUGACAAAUAUACAUCUGUCUAUUCAUGUCAAGUAGGGCUGCAAGAUAAAUCGCAAAUGUUGAGAACCAGUAUUACAUUUGAAUAUAAGGAAACAUAAGCGAAAGAGAUUUUAUGACUGUUUUAAUUUAAAUCAAAGACCAAGAGAUGUAUCUACAGUAAUGUCUGUUGUCACAUAUAUUUAUUGUUUUGUGUUUCAUGUUAAAAAUAUAUUUUUCUGUAUAAAAGAACCAAUAAAAAUGUGAUGAUUUAAAAAAAAUGAUGCU